AUGAAGAGACCUCCGGUAAAAGUGUUGGAAGAGGAGGAGCGACUGCAAAAAAUGGAUGAAAUUGACAAUCUGGAGCAGCAGCUGAAGGAGGCCAAAAACUUGGCCGCAGCUACCCGAGAAGCAGCUAUGGCUGCUGAAAAGCUAGCCCAAGCGGCUGCAGCAGAAGCUGAUGAGGAUUCCGGCUCUGAAAAGCUUACUUCUGAGAUUUCUGGGCCUCAGCAGGAGCCUAAGGAGUCUGGGAAGGAGGGGCUCCAUCUUCAUCGACAGGCUGAGGAGAGAGUCAAGGCCCGUCGAAAGCAAGAACUAAAGGAGCAAAGAGAGCGUCAACGCAAGGAGGCAGAAGAGAAGCGCAAAAAGCAGGCUGAGGCAGAAGCAAAGGCAAGCGAGUUGGAGCGGCAAUCAAGGGAACGGGUGCAGGAGCGCAUUCGAGCCGAAAGAAACCGCGAGAAGGUACUUCAUGAGCAGCACGAACGCGAUGCUGAGGAACGAGACAAGCGUUCGCGGCAAGUGGCCGAGGAGCUGCGUCAACAAGCCUUGAAACGACUGGCUGAGAAGGAGAAUGCAUGUCGCCAAAUGGCUGAAGAGAUGGCAAAGCAAGAAUCGGAGGCCAGGAGGCUACAAAUUGAAGAAAGUGAAGCUCGAGCCGAGGAACUGCGAGUACGUACUCGGCAGCGAAUGCAGCAACACCUUCGAGAGCAGAAGGAGCAAGAACAUGCAGCUGAAGAGGCACGUCAGCGUCGCAUUGAUGAUGCGGCACGGGCCGAAGACAGCAAGAUUCGGCAGGCGUUGCAAAGUCAACAUCGGGCAAAGCUCAGAGCAGCGGAGUUCAAACACAAGGCUAAAUCUGAGGAGCAGGCCCGCGUGCUCAUCCAAGAGGAGGAGAUGGAACGCGAGCACGAACGUGCAGAAGCAGCGCUGGCCUCAGCCAAGCAUAGAACAUGA